UCAAAAUCAGCUGCGAUUGUGUUUUUGUGAUUAUGUGAAGAUUUUGAGUUGCAUUUCAUAACGAAAAUAUUAAAUUACAAAGUAUGGAUAGAGCAGAGCAAGCACCCCACCACGAACAUGAACAGCGCAAUGCGUUGAACUUUCAAUUCUCGCCGGAGGAGCUGAAGGUGCUUCAGGAAUGCAACCGGGAGGCAUUUUUCCAGCGUUCGAUGCCGUUAGGAACGGUUUUUGGCCUGGGGACGUACUACGCCAUUCAAAGGGGGUUUCUGAAGCCUAGUCUCCGCUUCGGUGCCGGUCCGAAAGUGUUCGUUGGCAUCACGCUGGGCUACUUCAUUGGUAAGCUGAGCUACCAGAGCAAAUGUGCAGAGAAGAUCAUGCGCAUUCCAAACUCCCGUCUGGCCGACGUGAUCCGCCAGCGACGUCAGGGAUCCAGCGCCGGCGAACGACUGCUGCCCGACCAAGGCUUCGGUGCCGGCAGCAUGUUGUCCCCAUUCGGUCCGACUAGUCCGAGCGAUGGUGUUACGGACCAACACUUCCGCAAUCGCGAUUCGAUCAACAUCGACGUCACUACUCCAAGCUUUUCCGGGCUGGACGACAAUGCUCGGCCAUCGAUUGAUUCCAACCGAGCAUUUGAUGAGGACCUGCAGCUUCCGGCCGUUCCACCACCGGUGACGAAAUCCUACGAAGAGCUGCGACGCCAGAAUCGGGAGGAAUACAUGCACCGGCAGCAGGCACCGUAUCGGCCACCGACCAUGUUGGAAGAUGCGCCCCCGAUCAGACGGGAGUCACUGCCGGGCCCGAGGAUGGACGAUCAUCAGCCGCAGCAGCCAGCGCAACCACAUCAACCGGGGCAACCGCAGAUGAAGAACAAAUAUGGCGAUCCUUGGGCCCAGUAGGGAGGAAUAUGUCUAUUAUUCUGCAAUUGUAUCCUUAAUUGGCGCGCAAUAAAAAACUACUAGUGUUU